GAAUUCUUUUAGCACAUCCGUGGAAGUAAAUCGACGGGGUUUAUUGAUAGUUGAUCCACUUCAGCCCCACUUCACCUCUUUCUUUUUCGGUAUUCCUUGAAAAAUCAUCUACAACAUGAACAAUAUCAGCAUGUCCACAAGAGACAGCAACAGUAUGGUCUUUCUUCGCUUCUACCUUCUGGUUCUGUUGGCUUGUUGUGCGAGUCUUUGCACAGUUGCGAACGCCGCUGGUAUGGGUGGGAGCGCAACGGGUCAGGGAGACGAUGCUAGUAUGGGAGACGAUGGUGGCCAGGAGCUUGUAGGGACGCAACGCGGUCCUGCGGGAAGACUCAAGCUGAAGAACACGAAGCUUCAUCCAAAACCAAAACAGUUGAGUAUAGACCUCCGGACUUUGAGUGGGGAGGUUGUGGUCGAGAACCUACAAGUUGAUCCGAACGCAACUGGAAAGUGGUUCUUUUCUGCUUGCCAGCUGGCCGUGGCUCGUUUUAGCGAGAAUCAGGAGAAAGUCGCCAAUCAAGGUGGCACCGAAGAAGAAGCUGGGGGGCUCUCCUCUACCCAGUUUGUUAUCGAUGCUUCUACUCAGUUUGUCUACGGCGACCGAUGCUUCUAUCCAGUUUCAAAGUCGUCGGCUGCAAAAACUAUAUCCGCGAUUCUAGGACUCUCGACGACCACGGAUGAUGAACAAGAUUCGGGUGGCCCCAAUCGCAGACUCGCACUCGCGGGAGGUGUAGGUGGAAAUGAUGGUGGGAGUGGAGGGUCUUCUGUGCCUGCUGGAUCUUCACCGGGUCGUGCAGUUGCUCCAGCAAGGAAGAUUGUUAUACAAGUAAUUCAAUCGACGCUUGGCAUAAUGACGCCAGACAAAUCGCACACGCUUGUGCAAACAACGCACAAGGGAGGCCGUUCGAAUUCGAUCUUUGCUUCGCUGCUUUACGAGGAGGACGGCGCCCGAGGACAGCUUAGGCCUGGGAUCGAGUAUUACGGAGAGUUCGACGAUUUUGAAGUAGACUUUUUCACUAUUCGGCUGGACCGCAUGGAUAUUAGACCGGACCCCGGGGACGGUCACCGUAAUGGCGUAUACGUCUUUCGUGAAAUUGAGAAAAAUAUACGUCAUCAAACAGAUGAUCUGGACCGUAGCCGCCACCCUGUCCACCGAACGGUAGAUCUACUUCCGCAGCUUUGGCUGCCCGGUGUCGGCGCCGUCUCCCCCAGUUAUGCGGCCUGGUUUUCCUUGCUUUCGCAUUCCAAGCUGGGGCGAAUGACGAAGUUAUUGCCAGGCGAUUUCAUUCAAACCUAUCUGCCUCCAUCCGCCUAUGACGCCUAUGUGGAGAUGGAGAAUGACUUUAAUGAUAUUUUCACUUCUCACGGGGAUCAUUCCCCGUGGUUGGUCGACAGAGGAACAGCGGUCGUCGCCUGGAGGGGUGCGGAAUUGCGAGCUAAAGAGUGGCGCCACGUCGCGAACGAUUACCAGUUUUCUGCUGAAAGUGACAAAGUAGACAUCCACAUUAGAGGCGAGAUCCGGGACGCAAACCCCUUCUUUUUGGCUCCCGCUUGCGCGCGUCUGAGAUACAAAUUUUCGCUUACGCUACGUUUCUGCCUGCGCUGGGGCCUUCCCCUUUUCCAAGAAGACGAAGCUGCAGCAGGCACACCAUCUCAUAUUUCUCCAUCGGCUUCUCCUCCAUCUGCUUCUUCAUCUACUUCGCCAGAUGUAGUAGCCUCCCUUCAAGGGAUCAAAUUAGAGACGAAUAUAGCAGAGCGUGGCGCGCGUGAUGACGAGGACUCGGAUUAUGACGAAGUAUGGACCACAGAAAAGAGGGAAGUUUCAGGCUUUUGGGAGAUGUAAGAGCCUUGAACUUUGGGAGAUGUGAAAGGAGCCUUGGACAUUCGAAGAUGGACCAGAAACUGCAGCAAACCGAGAGGAGCAGAGGAUCCCCUAAAGCCUGUGCGUUCUUAACUUCAUGAAUGAGUAACAAGGUCACGUAGUUUUGCACUUUUCUGAGUCUCAUGUUGAUGAAAAUGAUGGACAAGAAGAGCAGAACAACAAAAUAUGACCAACAAGGUGAACCACUGAGACCAAUCACAUGACUGACGAACAACAAUGGCGCGCGUGCACUCUCAUACUUUUCACGUUUCAACUGAAACAGGGCGAGCUUCCAUUUUAGGGAUUCGGCGAGUCAACUUUUUCAGCCGUACAGCUUCCGCGUCCGUAGACAGCGGGCCGCCAACUUAUACCCCACGAAUGGGCGCCCGACUCUUGAUACUAAUUCACGGCCACAACACUCGUGGCGCUGGAGCACAGCCGAGUCUGUUAUUUGUGAUGCUAUGCCACCUUCGGAUGGCAUCGUGAAUAAAAACCAGUUUGAAAUAAAUGCAGAAAAUGCAGCAUUUUAUUGGAGUCGAAAAUAGUAGCAGUGUCCAAAUGGGUGUACUGAUUUUACGCCGAGCGCAGUCAAUUUUUUCAUGUCGAGAGAUGGCGCAAGAGAUCCACAACUGCGAAAGGCAACCGAAAAAGAG